CCAUUGGUUUCCUUCAUGAAAUAGGAGAGUGAGAGAAGAGUUUUUAUCGAGUAUGUAUUUACGCACAUGAAUAAAUUCACGCAAACAACAUUGAUUUGUGCGCUAAAGACAAAUUGAUCACUUAUUCAGCGAAAACACUGACACAAAUUAGCUAGUGAAGAGACUGGAAUAUUCGGUGAAAGUGCAAUGACAGAAGAAAAUGAGUCUACAACUCACCAUCUCUCACUACAGGUAUGGGUUCUUAAUGUCAAACUCUCAUUAAAAGAUGUGUAAUUUCCAAUAUUUGAUUGUUUGUAGAUGAGCUCUGGAUUGAAGGAGAGAUUGAAGCGAUGUGGUCGAUACCACUCUUCUCCCAUAGCAGGACAGAAGUCUCACAAACGAUCACACUUUGACUCUCCCUUACUAAUGUCAUCUGAUAAAGGAGAAAUCGGAGAAAGUACCGGAACAGGAAGCUGUGAAUUACAAAGCAAUAUCGUCAACUUAGACACCAGCAAUAGUUGUGCUUCAAUGACUUUCCAUGGAAGGUUAGAAAAGCAGUCGACAGAGAAUGAUAAUGUCACUAACAGUGAAAUCCACAGAGUAACGCCUUGUACCAAUGAUGGAACUAUAAGUAAAAUAUCAGACUCUGUCAAACCAAAGAGACUGGAUUUCUCAAAGAAUCAGAUAUGUGAUACUAAAUUCUCCAGCAGUGCUGUUACUUAUAAAACUGACUACAGGGAUUCACAGAAAAGGGAUUUAGAGAAAAGUAGACUUCAGUCCCUGAUAAAGGAUAGGGAGGACACACUCAGGAAACUUAAACUGGUCCAGUUUUAUCAACAUAAGCAUGAUCAGAAUAAGAUGGAGGAAUUGAUCAGAAAAUGGCACCAGGUUUGUCAAGAGGGAUUGGUUGAUCUUCUGCAACUAAUGCCAGAACCGAAACCCACACUUACAGAAUUGAUCGAUCACCUUGGCAUUGAUCACAGCAUGAUUAGCUUCAACAAGGAAGAUCAAUCAUUUACAGAUUAUGUGGGGUGAAGAUAGAAACCUCAAUGAAAAAUAAAAGUAAGUCAGACAGAUGGAGAUUGUGGCCAUCACAAAGGAAAAAAGCAAGCACCAAAUUCUAUAGAGUUCCUUACAGAUAAAGAGUACAACUGAUGCUUCACCUAGUCAACUCAUCCCAGUGUCAUGCUAUCCUGUUUGAAUUCAGAAAGAGAUUGUUGAAAACACUUCGAUGAAACUACUGCUAAACAAGUUUUAUUUUCCUCAUACAUGUAUAUUGUUUUUAAGUUUUACAGCUUUUCAGAAACCCAUUGCUAGCAAAUUUGUGUAGACAAUACAUAUCUUGAAAGAAUAACAGAUUACAAAUUGUGAAUGAGAAAUGGAUACAAAAUUAUAUAGAUGUGGUUGUAUGGGAAGCAGACACAAUUCACAACUCAAAGAAACCAAUUUCACAAUUACAUGUAACAAUGCAAAAUGCAGGCAAGCACAACUGAUUUUGUUGUAUGUUAAUGUUAAAACGAUAUUUAUUGUUAAUUCAUUGUUAAUACAUAAUCUGUUCAUGUGUUUUAUGUUAAUAAAAACAUGUGUGUUUCA